UGCUGCUGCUCGUGCUUUCAGUCCAGACAGAGACUGCAGGACACAGGGGCACUGCAGCACCAGCAGCAGCAGCAGCAGCAGGGGUCUGACUGCCCGGAUACUUAUUUUUAUUUACAGCGCUGAUUGUUGACCGUUCGCUGGAACACUAUGGCUAAACCAAGACUAAACUAAAGGACUUGCAAAGAAAAGCUUGAUCAGCUUUUGGAUUUUGGAAAGAGCUUUCAGUAUAUACAUGAUACCAUUACAAGAGUAGUAAAGAAGCAGAAGGUGUUGGAGUAUGGAGCCCAUAUGUGCCACAGGAGUGGCUGCCCGACUGAGGAGUGAGUGGGACAGAAGUGAAGGUAUUGGUCAGAACCACAAGGCCCUGAAGUUCCUGGGUCAGGACUUUGAGUCUCUGCGAGCCAGCUGCCUUCAGAGUCGGCGUUUAUUUGAAGACGAGACCUUCCCAGCACAGCCCUCCUCACUGGGAUUUAAAGAGCUGGCGCCAGGUUCUGCAAAAACUAGAGGAGUCCGCUGGAUGAGGCCCACGGAGUUCUGUGAUGACCCACACUUUAUCGUAGAUGGAGCCACUCGCACUGACAUCUGCCAAGGAGCUCUAGGGGACUGUUGGCUAUUGGCGGCCAUUGCAUGCCUUACCCUAAACGAGCCGUUGCUGCAUCGCGUGGUUCCUCAUGGCCAGAGCUUCCACUACCAGUAUGCUGGAAUCUUUCACUUUCAGUUUUGGCAGUUUGGGGAUUGGGUGGAUGUGGUGAUUGAUGACCGGCUACCAGUGCGCGAUGGAAAGCUCCUAUUUGUCCACUCAGACGAGGGGGCGGAGUUCUGGAGUGCUCUGGUGGAGAAGGCAUAUGCAAAAUUAAACGGCUGUUACGAGGCACUCUCAGGAGGUUGCACCUCUGAGGGUUUUGAAGACUUUACAGGUGGGGUUACAGAAAUGUAUGAGCUCAGAAAAGCUCCGCCCAACCUCUUCAGCAUCAUCAGAAGAGCUGUAGAAAGAGGAUCUCUUCUGGGCUGCUCUAUAGACAUCACAAGCUUCUUCGACAUGGAGGCUGUGACCUUUAAAAAGCUGGUGAAAGGCCAUGCUUAUUCUGUUACAGGAGUGGAUGAGGUGGAGUUUAGAGGAAACCUCACAAAACUGAUUCGAAUCCGGAACCCAUGGGGUGAAGUGGAAUGGACUGGAGCCUGGAGUGAUGAGUCAAGAGAGUGGAGUGGAAUCAACCCUGCCUUGCGGUCCCGCUUGCACAAUCGGGCUGAAGAUGGAGAGUUCUGGAUGUCAUUCAGUGAUUUUUUGAAGGAGUUCAGCAGGCUGGAGAUUUGCAAUCUGACGGCUGAUGCUCUGCAGAGCAGCGAGCUGAAGAAGUGGAACUCCUCCCUGUAUACAGGAGAGUGGAGAAGAGGCAGCACAGCUGGAGGCUGCAGGAACUACCCAGCAACCUUUUGGAUCAACCCACAGUAUAAAAUCAUGCUUAAGGACCCAGAUACCGAAGGCCAGGAUGGCUGCAGUUUCCUAGUUGCACUAAUGCAGAAGAAUCGGCGGCAGUUGCGACGAGAAGGCAAAGACAUGGAAACGAUUGGAUUUGCCAUUUAUGAGGUUCCCCGGGAGUUUCUGGGCAUGGCAGGUGUGCAUCUAAAGCGUGACUUCUUCCUCACAAACACGUCAAGCGCUCGCUCCGAGCUCUUCAUCAACCUGCGGGAGGUGAGCUCACGGUUCUGCCUGCCUGCGGGGGAGUACAUCAUCGUCCCCUCCACCUUCGAGCCUCAGAAAGAAGGUGACUUUGUGCUGAGGGUCUUCUCUGAAAAGGCAGCUGACUCUCAGGAACUGGAUGAUGAGCUCACUGCCGACCUACCAGAGGAGGAUGCACUACCAGAGAGUGAGAUAGAUGAAGGCUUUAAGGCUCUUUUUGCCAAGCUUGCUGGAAAGGACAUGGAAAUCGAUGUGCCAAAGCUGCAGAUGAUUCUGAACCGUGUCAUAAGCAAACAUAAGGAUCUAAAAACUGAUGGAUUUGGAAAGGAGGCUUGUCGAUGCAUGAUAAGCCUAAUGGAUACAUCUGGCCUUGGGAGGUUGGGUUUAACAGAUUUCCAUGUGCUUUGGGAGAAGAUUAAGCGAUAUCUUACCAUAUUUCGGGAAUUUGACUUGGACAAGUCUGGCACCAUGAGCUCCUAUGAAAUGCGUCUGGCACUGGAAUCUGCAGGUUUCAAGCUUACCAACAACCUGUUCCAGCUAAUCAUCCUGCGUUAUGCUAAGCCAGACCUGAACGUGGACUUUGACAACUUUGUGACCUGUCUGAUCCGUCUGGAGAGCAUGUUCAAAACCUUUAGAACUAUGGACACAGAUGCAGACGGAGUAGUGACCUUCAACUUCAUCCAGUGGAUCUCCCUUACCAUGUUUACCUAGAUGGAUGUCUUAUCUUCUUCACUGUUUCUUCACAACCCUGCCUUGUUCUUUCGUUUCCUCUACUAAGUGCCUUUUUCUUCACUUUGCAGCUUUUUGCUCUUACUCUGUUAAAAUUACAGUUUGCUAUGACUGCUGUUUGGCAGCAUCUUUGACAGGACAAAAAUGUACGGAUAAAUAUGCAAAGACUAACAUGCGGGUUUAAAAACAGGUGCUUAACAAAUGCUUGUGCACUACACUCAUCAUUUUCUCUAAUUAGAUUUUUAUUUAUACCAGAUGAGUGCAUUUUUUCAUCUCUGAAUGUUUGAGCUUAUUGCAAUUUUAUGGUGAUUUUCCCCUUUUAAAUAAAACUCAAGUACAUUCACUGGA